AUGGAAUGGGAGCAUGAGAACGUCGCUACCACACCCUCGCCACGACACCACCCUACAACGAAAAAACCUAUCAUCACCGAGUCAACAAUGAUUGGGCCAGUUACAACUCCUGAAGCGACAACAGCAGAAACAGUAACGAUGGAAUCAAGCACCACAUGGCCAACGGAUACAACCCCUAAACCAUCUACAGUAGAAGAAGUAACGACUUAUGUGACAGAGCAAGUACCAAUAUCAAGCCCAGCACCGUACGAAACGACUACAGCAUGA